CGUCGGCGCCAGCAGAUAAUUGCUAAGUGCAUCGCUAGCACAGUUGGGCCGAGCUGCCGAAAGGUCUGGUCGCAGAGACGGGAACGCGUAAUCCUCAGCGUGCUCCAUCCCGACAGCAUCGUUCCACGGCUCGGCAGGGCAGCGAGCCUCUGGCCACCAGCCCCUCUGCUCCGCGGAAAAGCCUGAUGAAGUCCUCCGAUAUCGAUCAGGAUUUAUUUACAGACAGUUACUGCAAAGUGUGCAGUGCACAACUGAUAUCCGAAUCUCAGCGCGUGGCUCAUUACGAGAGUCGAAAACAUGCAAGCAAAGUCCGACUGUAUUACAUGCUUCAUCCCAGGGAUGGCGGGUGUCCUGCCAAGAGGCUCCGGUCAGAAAAUGGAAGUGAUGCUGAUAUGGUGGAUAAGAAUAAGUGCUGUACACUCUGUAAUAUGUCCUUUACUUCGGCAGUGGUGGCUGACUCACAUUAUCAAGGCAAAAUCCAUGCCAAAAGGUUAAAACUGUUGCUAGGAGAGAAAACCCCAUUAAAGACCACAGCAACACCCCUGAACUCACUGAAGCCUCCGAGGGUGGACACUGCUCCCGUGGUCACAUCUCCCUAUCAAAGAAGAGAUUCAGACAGAUACUGUGGGCUCUGUGCAGCCUGGUUUAACAAUCCUCUGAUGGCCCAGCAACAUUAUGAUGGCAAGAAACACAAAAAGAACGCAGCAAGAGUUGCUCUAUUAGAACAGCUUGGGACAACUCUGGAUAUGGGGGAACUAAGAGGUCUGAGGCGCAAUUACAGAUGUACCAUCUGCAGUGUCUCUCUAAACUCCAUAGAACAGUAUCAUGCCCAUCUGAAAGGAUCUAAACACCAGACCAAAAGCAAGUCACUGGAUCCAGUCCACACUCAAAGGGAGGGGAUCUCAACAGGACAAGGAUACCAGGAUGCAAGGAUCUUUGGAAAGCACUUCUCAGAUGCAGCUUACCUUGGUCUGCCCUCUGGGCCAUCCUUUUUCAUGAAAGGCUGUGCACCCUGAAGAAUAAGUAGUGAAAACAUCAAUCAAGAGAUGAGAAAAAAAUGUCAGGAUUUCUCUGCCGUGGAGAAUUGCUUAUCAACUACCAGUGGAGGAUUCUCUCUUGAACAAUGAACAUUUCUUAUGAGGAUUCACAAAUUAACAUAUGACUAAUCUUGGUUUUGGAAGUGAAUGAGCUUUCUUUCUUUCUUUCUUUCUUCCUUUCUUUCUUUUUCUUUCUUUCUUUUAAUUUUGUGGUAAGUUAUGAUAUCUGGAUGGAUUUUUAAAUUCUUUCCUGAUAAUCUAUUUAGUACAUGUUCUAAAUUAUAACCCUAUAGCAAACAGUGGGAACAUCAUUCAAACUUGAAGACAGUGGGAAGAUCUAAAUGUCCAAUUUAUUCUAGAUUUCUUCAACACAUAAAUAUUCCAUGAAAUCUUUGAUGACUGAGAUGUAGAGCACCUCCAUCAAGAAAGAAACAUUAUUUGUUCAUCAUGCUGAACAUGAUUGGCAGCAACAUGCACAGAACCAGAAUGAGUCACUGUUAGUAGAAGAUACAUAACGGACAUAAAUUCUCCUCCUUCAUUUCACCUUCAAAACUGCGAGCCGGGUUUGCCAUCUAAACGAGAAUAAAGAGGGUGGAUAAAGGAAGAAUCCCCAUCCUUUUUUUCUGAUCAUUCAAAGAACAGUUUCUCAAGGUUAAGCCAAGUUCUCUUUGCAAGCUGCCAAAAUAAUAGCUUAGGAAGAGAAUUCGUCUGCCUGCAUGAUGAUCCUCUUAGGCAAAAAUGUCUGAAUAGCAGCUGACCUUGAUGAAAUGUUUUCCCAAAGGCAUCCAAGAAAAGAAUUACAAACCCUAGAAUGAGAGGGAAAUAAAUGAACAUUUCUUAUGAAGUUGACCCGAGUUGUGGGUUUUGACGUGGGGUGUUGGCAAUUUGAGAAGAACUGAGUAAACUCUGAAGAAUUGACAGCCUUGGGUAUGGCGAGUCUCCCUAUUCCUGUUUCUCACUGGAGUCCUCUUGCCGAGCCAAGGUUUAAUCACUUCAGAAAGAACACCACUGGCAGACUAGAAAACUGUUAUUCUCUGAUGGGGAACGCCUCUGAGUGUAAAUUAGAAAGCCUUCUCUGGGUUUCAUUCUUCUCUGUCGUGACCAGAUCUGGUGUCCUGUAGGAUGGCCGCAAAGCCAGACAUUUACCUUCUUAUUCAUGAUGCUUCUCAGUGAUCUGGCUGGGGUUGCCCUUUGUACAUUGUGACCAUGCAGGCAAUGGGUCUCCUGGUAUCAGGAUUUUCUGGACAUCCAUUGUUUUUCCACAGAGAGCUGAGGUGGUUACGACUCAGUGAGCAAUAAAUGAAAUGACUUAGAAAUGCACAGUGUUGUUAUUGAGGUGUUUGAAAUUUGGUCCCAUUCCCUUGAGAGGGCCCACUCAGGAGGGACCCGGGUUGCCAGCUUCCGUGCCUACAGAGACCAGCGGCUCCACCAGCCACGUGCUGUCCCACGGGAAGGAAGGAGGGUCCGAUGGGAAGCAAUCUAUUUUGGAAAGCACACAACAGAGCUACAAACCUCCAAUGGUGACUUGUCUGCGAAUGUGUGAAAUAGUGCUUUUUUUUUUUUUUUUUUUUUUUUUUUUUUUGUCUAUUCUGCUGUAAAAUAAGCACUGGCCAAGUUAAAAACAAACAAACAAACAAACAAACUUUGUUUCUGUCUGUGUGUAGUGAGUGAGCUCAUACUCUCAAGCGUUUUUUUUUUUUUUAAUAACCUAAUAUAGAUGAGCCCAUGAACAUAGAUCUCUUGAUAUACAAAGGAGCUAUGCCAAACCCUUUACAGAUCAGCUUCUGGAUAUAAUAAUCGGAUUACUUCAGAAUUCCUCAUCCAAAUUCUAUUUCUCCUUGGCAACCUGUCAAGUGAAAGUGAAUAUCCUGCCAGAGAGUUUGCUUGUUUGUUUUCAAAUUUCUUUAUUUAUUUUUGCAUAAAUAAGGGAAAUUAUUGUUCCAAUGUACCAUGGAGUUGACAUAUUAAGUUUUAAACAGGAAGAGCCCAUGAAUGUUAUCUAUAUUUUGGGAAGUCUUAGACGGAAAAAACCUUCCUUGGAAAGCUAGCUGUUUAUUGUUCUUUCUGUUCUGAUUUAUCAUUCGGAGCAAUAGUGGUAGUAGUAGAACGGCUAUAUUUGUUUUAUUAGGUCAUGUCUUACGUUCCAAUUCAUCAUGAACAGAUGGGAGUGAGAUGCAAGGUAAAUGUUUUCAAAUAGCCAAAUUAAUUCUGGCAGAGAGGAAGACACCCAGGGGGACCUGGCCACUGUGGAGCUGCGCUGACAGAGUCACCCUAUGACAGCAGAGAUUCCUGGAGAGAAAAGAACGAGUCCAGGGGUUUUCUGUAAAACUUCAAUUCAAGGGACCUAGGGGAGAACCCUAUCUGUUUGAAAGAGACUAUCCAAAUUAUCGGUACAUAAAGUACUUUCACUGUUCCUGAGUACUUGGAGUAAUGUCAACUGAAGUACUGACAUUAAAAUUUUGCUCCAAUGAGGCAAAAAUAAUGCAAAACUAAAAUAACACACAAGCCUAAUGGCAUCCUUAUAUUAGAGGGUUUUUUUUUUUCCUUUGUAUUUAAACGGAUACUUGCUAGGUGGUUGAAAUUGUCUAUGUCUUCUUAUAGAGACAAAAUACUCCUACAGACCCGGUCAUGCAAUUCACUUAACUUGGCGAAGAGUUUUUCUUCUUUAAGUACAGAGGUCAGCUUCUGGCUAGCACCUGUGCCAGUUGCCACAAAUGCCAUGGUAGUGAAACCCAAAUUAACGAGUUUUCAUUAUAUAUAACCUCCACAGCCCGGUGCACUAAUAUGUAUUAUCAUAAAACCAUCUGCUAAGUACAGAGGACCGCAAUGAUCCCUUUUGCUGAUAAAAAUCGUAAUAAAUCUCUCAUCUGCAAUUGCUUGACCACAAAGACCAGUGUAGGUUUGUUUUUCAUUUGUCUCUUAGACACCAUAUAAACAUAAAUUGGAACUGCAAGAGUCUUUAUACCUUCCUACUGAAGUGAGUUUAUUAGACCAUUCAGACCAAGAGAGGAAGAAUAGGGAUAGAUGAUAAAUGCUAAUACUUCCAGAGGCAAAUUUGAGCCCUGGGGAGGGGCCGUGGCCACACCUCUUCCAAAGCUGAUCUUUGAGAGAGGUGUUAUGGAUGAGUCACUGUGAGCACAGAAUAUUAGAACUCCAAUAACAAACUAAACUUUCUAAACUGUCAGGAAAUGAAAUAACCGCCCUCUCUACAUUCCAUCCAAGCUGAAUAUUCAUUGUUUGUUUGACCAGCUUGUACAAAGAAUUGAUUGUUGCCCUUUUAUGACCAGAAUGAGGAGGGUUUGAUCAACAUAUUACUGUGGGAACAGAUUUUGUUUUCUUUUUUUGUCUUCUUACCUACUUUAUUCAUACUAAAGUCAUGCUAAACUACCUCAUAGGUUUGUGGUGUGGAUUAGCUAAUAAAUAAAUGUCAAGUGCUUAAAAAUAUAAAUCUCUAUAUAAAUGCUGCCUUAGUUUGCUUUCUAGUUUAAGAUUUGCAUGUCAAACUAACUAUCUAGGUAUUUCAUUGUAAUAUUCAUGUUGGUAAAUUUGGCUUUAAACUUAAUAUACGAACAUCUUGAUGUAAAAUGAAACUGAGAGUCCCAGCAUGGACUCAAACUCAAGUCUGGCAAAUGUAGCACCUAAGGAAACAAAAAGCACCUACAAGCAAAACCAAAAUGUUUUUCUUAAGCAGAUUUUAAAGCAGGCGUUCUCAAAGGUUGGGGGUGGGGGUGGUCAACACUGGUUUUUAAGAGUGUAUUAAGUAAUUUUGUAUCAUAAUCGUUAAAAUGCCAAAAAUUGUCAGUGAUUUAUAUUUAAAAAUUAGAGUGGGUUUAAGGUAAUGCUUACAAUCACAUAACCCUUCAUUACUUCACAUGUUGAGUGAAACAUAGAGGGAAGAGUCAAAACUAGUUCAGAUAUUUCUGAGUACCUACAAGAGAGGUUGUGUGGCUAGACAUCUGUUUUGAUUUGUAUCUUUCUAGAAAAAUGUUGAACAGUCUUUUUGAAAGGGUGUAGCCUAAACAGAAAGGAAAGAAAUGAAUAUCUCACAGUUUCUUAGUAACAUUGUCUGAAGGGUCUAUGGCAAUUAUUUAAGAGCUAAUUUUACUGCUGGCUCUACGUUGGUGCCAGUUUUUUCCUGUAUGAUUAAUUACUCCUUAGUCACUAUUCUGAGUAGCAGUUUUAUUUGCUAAUUUCAAAUGCCUCAACUUAAUUAGCAAUUCAUUUUGACCUUUAAAAACCACAUUCUAUAAUCUUCAAAUUAUAUGAGUAAGGGAAAAAAAAUCCUAUUUUACCUGUCCCCACCCCCACCCCACCUCCAGCUAUCACUAACACUUUACAUUGUUUCUGAAGAACAGUCUAACUAUUGUUACUCGCCAAACUUUGACAUCAUCUGUGGUUAUUUGAAGUCCCGCUCAAAUUUCCUCAUUGCACAGGUGGGCACUAGGAUCCGCAGAGACUGUUUCUCCUUCAGAAUGUUUAAAUAAUGUACAAAUGUAGGACAUUUGGCUGCUAAACUUAUUCAUUUUUUUAAUUAAAGAAAUAAAAGUGAAACUGAUAUACAC